AAGGGGGAGGGCAUUAUUCAUUCAGCACAUGCUGGUUUGUGAGUGUUCCAGAGAGAGGGAAAAAGACAGCCAGAAAGACACACAGACAGACAGACAGUAAACAGAGAGACUAGAGAGACUAUCUGUAUUAGACCGUAUCCAGUAGAACCUUGCAAGGGUUUGUUUAGUUCAGCUUGUGUGUGUGUGCCUCUGCAAGUGUGUAUGUGUGUGAGUGAGUGUGUAUAAAUGGAGGGAAACGGGGGAAUGCAGGAACAGAUGGAGAGACCAGAGAUGCUCACAGAUGGAGAACAGGCCAUCAUCCAGAACACCUGGACAAAGGUGUUUCAGAACAAAGAGGCUGCAGGAGUCGCUGUACUUAUGAGACUCUUUACAAGCUUCCCCUCAUCAAAGCAGUUCUUCAGCCAGUUCCGGGACACGGAGGACCCUGAGGAGCUUAAGUCCAGUGUCCAGCUCAAGAAACAUGCCCUGAGGGUGAUGAGUGCCCUCAACACACUGGUGGAGAAUGUUAAUGAUGAGGAGAAAACAGCAGCAGUGCUGAAAGUGGUGGCCAAAUCACAUGCAAUCAAACACAGUGUGGAGCCCAGAUACUUUAAACUUCUGACUGGAGUCAUCCUGGAGGUCCUGGUGGAGGCCUUUCCAGAAACCUUUGGUGUGGAGGCCCAGGGGGCGUGGUCUAAACUAAUGGAAGUUGUCCACUGGCAAGUCAUGCAGGUGUACUCUGAGAUCGGCUGGACUUCUGCCAACAGCGCUACAGAAUGAGGGAGAGAAAGCGAUAGAUAUAGAGACGGGCGGAGAGAAAGAGAGAGAGAACACAUAACUGAUUGAUUUUGCCAUGUAAAGCCUCAGCUAGCAUCUGCUAGCAUCUGCAAAGCUGCAUAUAAUAAAAAAGGAAUGGGGAAAAGCCUCGGGCCAGUUUUAUAUUACUGUACUGUACCUGAAAAAGAUACACUGAGACUGUGUGCUUCUGUAACAUCUACAUUCACCGAGUUACGUAUAAGAUAGAGAGAGAGACAGAGAGAGAGACUGCAAUACCGUUAAACUUUGUAAUUAGAUGUCAUAUUAUAAAUAUAAUUAUAGAUAUAUUUUUAAUAAACAAUUUAUUAUACAAUGUGGAGUUCAUUAAACUACACAAUAUCUCCCACAUUUUUUGGAGCUAAUAUUACUGUUCUUGUCUAUUUUGUGUAAUUAUCCCGGUCCCGGUUUAGCUUUGAUAGGAAUUCAAAUCAUAGAGAAUUGUAGUAUCAUUCACAGUUAUCGUUAUCAAAGGCAAUGUAUUAUACCCCUAGUAAACAAAUAUCCUGAACUACUGUAAUGAAUCUGUUACAGCAAAUACAUUAUUAGUUAUUAUUACGUGACUGUUAAUUUGUAACUGCACAGUAAUUCCCUUUUUGUGAGAUCAUCUAACUAACAUUUUUAAAUCUAUAUUCAUAAUUCUAAACAUAUCUUUAAUUUUGAUAUUUGAUAAUGAUAUUGUUUUAAACUGUAACGCUGUAAUGUUGUGACAUUACACAGCCCAAUCUCAUUAGAAUCAAUGCAGAUUGUUUUUAAAUGUAUUGAAACCAUUGAUUACUCAUGUUUAUCAUAGCUUUAUAUACAUAUGAAAUAUACACAUAAAACUAUGUCUUUUUUGAUACUGACAACAACAUAUAACAGCCUAAGGUGUACUGAACAAAGCACGAUCAUGCAUAUGUAUGGCUUUUGGUGUAAAUCACUCUUUAAACACACAAAAUUUCAGAUAAAACCUGCAUUUCCUCAGUGCUGUUAUUUAGCAUAUCUAUAGCAGGCUGUUAUAUCUAUGUUCUGUAUACUGGACCAAAAUACCAGCUUAUAAACCAAUACCAACGUUUUAAUCUCUGAAUUCUCAUAAAUACAUACAUACUGCUUAAUGAGUAUUGAUGGAACUCCUAUCAUGAUUCAUUUAUUGUUUUACUUGUAUUGAUGUCUAUUGCACUGUAAGCCUUAAAUCUCUUUUAAGUUGGUUAUGUUGUAAUUGUUUAUUUCAUUUUGAACCUCACUGGCAGCAUCCAACUGGAAAAAAGCAAAAUAAUAACACUGUAUAUGUUUCAGUCAAACUGUUAUUGUGGUUAUAAAUGAAUAUUAUGAAAUUAUGAAGGGUCAGAAUACAUCACCAGGUUUUGUGUAAGAACUACAUUGGUUGUAUGCUGCCUAUGUGCCAUUCCUUUCAUAUUUUAUUAUCUAAAAUAAAGCCUAAAGUGCAAAGCA